AUGUGGGCUUCUCAGAAAGCUCGAUUGGGGCAGCUGCACCUGGGGCGAGGUGCCCCCCAAAUAUUUUCUCGGUUUAAGAGCCUGACUCUGGAUACAAUCAACAAGCAGGUUCUGGCAGCUGAAUAUGCAGUUCGUGGAAGGCUGCCAACAAGGGCGGCUGUAAUACAGCAAGAAUUGACCAAAGGCUCAAAGUAUCCCUUCAAUGAAUUGGUGUAUUGCAACAUUGGCAAUCCGCAGCAGGUGGGGCAGGAGCCCCUGACAUUCAACAGAGAAGUUCUUGCACUGCUGACUGCACCACAGCUGCUGUCCAGUGCUGAAACGUUGACUCAACAUGGCCUGAUAUCGGGAGAGGCAGUAGCACGUGCUAAGGAAUACAUACAGCAUAGUGCAAAGGUGGGAGCAUACACAGAUUCUGUUGGCUUCCAAUUCAUCAGAGAAGAAGUGUGUGACUUCAUCAAAAAGCGCGACGGCCAUCGUCCUGAUGUCAAGAAUGUCUUCCUUACGAACGGAGCAAGUGAAGGCGCUCGUUUAGUGAUGUCAGCCUUGGCAGCAAAGCAUUUGGGCACUGUUGGAUUCAUGGCACCCAUUCCACAGUACCCGCUGUAUUCCGCCCUGUCUACUUUAAUGGACUGCGAGCUUGUGGGUUACUAUCUAGAUGAAGACAAAAAUUGGGCAGUCAGUUUGCCAGCUUUGACUGCCGCAUAUGAGGAUGCAGUCAAAAAAGGCAUUGUUGUACGUGCAUUGGUGGUGAUCAACCCAGGGAAUCCUUCAGGGAACAACCUGAGUGCCGAGACUUUGAGAGAUGUUGUCCAGUUUGCCAAAGAGAAGAACCUGGUGCUGAUUGCUGAUGAGGUGUACCAGGAGAAUAUUCUCACAAAGCAUCCCUUCAAGUCCAUGUCCAGCAUCAUGCACGAGCUCAAUCUUGACCUAGAGGUAGUUUCACUGCAUUCAUUGUCCAAGGGCUUCCUAGGAGAAUGCGGGGUUCGGGGCGGUUACUGUAUUUUCGAGAACUUUGAUCCUGAGAUCAUGCAACAAUUUGUGAAACUGAAGUCAAUUGAACUGUGCUCCAAUACAGUUGGACAACUGUCGGUGGGAUUGAUGGUGCGUCCGCCGGUUGCUGAUGCUGCAGCCCUUUAUGCAAAGGAAAAGAAAGACGUAUUGGACUCUCUUCGGCAGAAAGCAGAGAUCCUCCGGGAAACACUGAGUGCCCUAGAGGGCAUAUCUUUACCCGAGAUAGGCGGAGCUAUGUAUGCCUUUCCCCAAAUCAAACUCCCCCAAGCGGCAAUCCAGGAAGCAGCAGCGCAUGGAGUGGCACCAGAUGAAUUCUAUUGUAUGCAGGUCCCUCCAGUACACUGGGGACUCUGGGGACUGAAGGCCUGCGUUGUGCGAAUGGCCCGCCUUGCUCGCAAGAUGCAGAGCUUUGGACCGCUGGAGCUCAUCCGAGCUUGUACAAGCUGGGCGCAGCUCUGCGUUGCCACCUUGUCAAAGCUUGCCCGCCCAUCAGAUCAACAGCCUUUGAUUCUCGAGCCCUUUGCUCCUCCGGGAGUCUUGAGACGAACUGGAAAGACGGAGGCAGAAAUGCUCUCAAUGCCAGAAAGCCUACAACAUUUGGGGUCCUCUAUCUUCCAGCCCGGUCAGCAACUGGAAGAACUAGAGCCUGCAGAGCCCAGUCCGGGAAGAGGCGCUGCACCUGUGCCAUCCGACAAUUUGGAACGGCAUUGCCGAGUCAAGGAAGCCUCAGAUUUGCAUCGCUUGAUCCAGGAUUUCUUCAAGCAGCUUCCAACAAAUGAUGAUGAACAGGAGGUGCUUCGAGCCCUCGAAAAUGACGGAGAGUAUGACGAACUCGAGGACAAUGAGAUUGAGGAGGUGCUGGAUGGCGGUGUUUUGGAGCCAGAGGCAUUGCUGUGGGGCCCGGUGGAUCACGAUGCUCCUGACAUGGCAAUUUUCGCAGAACAUAAGGCUCUUCUCAAAGCUCGAGAAUCUUUGGAGGAGGACGAUGAGUUUGAUGACGGUCUCGACGAAUUUGACGGAGGGGCCACUGGAAGCCACGCCAAACCAAAGGAUGAGGAUUUCGAGCAAUUUCUUGCAGAUCACUAUGCAGAUGAUGAGAUAGGCGCUCGAGACGAGGAAGACAUUGAAGGAAAUGCGGAGUUGGACGAUGAAGUUCUAGAUGAGUAUUUGGAGGAGAAACAAGCAGAAAGAGAGGAGUUGUAUUCUUUGUACGAGCCCCAAAGAGGAUUCAAGGAUGACGAGCCUCGGGUCAUUGCAGAGACGAAAGCGAUCAUUGAACGACACUAUCUCGAGGAAGAAAGUGAAGAGGAAACAGAAUCUGGAGAUGACAGUGAUGAUGAGUCGAAGACAUGGGAUUGCGAAACUGUGCUCAGCACACUAAGUAAUCUUUCCAAUAGACCAGGCAAAAUUGGAAAGGUCAAAGCCAUCAAGAAGCCUCCAGUACUGAAACCGGUAGCGGAAUCUGGAGGUGAAGAAAAGGAAGAGGAUGUCGUUGAACUCCCGGAUGUUGUGACGACUCGUCCGAAGGAUGAGACGGCAGAAGAAAAAAAGGCCCGAAAGGCCUCCGUCAAGGAAAUGAGAAGAAUUUGCAGACAAAUGAAAAAAGAAAGCAAGGAGAUGUACAGGAAAGAGGCUGCGAAAUUGCCAGGUCAAGGCGGAGCUGACGUGCGCCAGAAGACUCGCGCGGUGAAGUACUAAGAGCCCUUCACUGUGCAGCUCCAAGAAGCUACAUUUUCGGUGAAGGGCUCAAAGUUCUGGAAGAAACGGCCCAGGAUGGCGCAGGAUGGCCCGUGUGUAUAUAUUUCUCUUGGGGUGAAGCAUGGCUUCACAGGCCUCGGCCUCCAUCUCACGUCUCUGAAGUCUCCAAAAAACG